AUGGUUAAAUGGUUAUCCCGAUUCUUCUACUACCUCGACCGUUACUUCAUUGCUCGGAGAUCACUUGCACCACUGAGUGAAGUUGGCAUGACAUGCUUCCGCGACCUGGUUUAUAAGGAGUUGCAUUCCACGGCCAAGGACGUUGUGAUAGAGCUGAUUCACGAGGAACGCGAGGGCGGACAGAUUGACAGGGCGCUGUUGAAGAACGUGUUGGAUAUCUAUGUUGAGACUGGGACGGACCAAUACAAAAAUGAUUUUGAGACGUUGAUGCUUAAAGACUCCACAGUCUUACUACUCUCGCAAGGCCGCAAGCUGGAUCCAAGAGGACUCUUGCCCUGA